AUGCCCCCCCCUCCUCGACGCAAUCAUCUUCCUGACUGCUCUCAGCAUCAGUAUCAACCUCACAUCCGCCGCACACGCCGGCUUCCAUGUCCAGUUCCCAUGGAUGACCCGCGGUCCAAACCCCAAGACCCGGCCAGAGAUAGAUUCUUACAACCCUUUCUGCGCUCCCGCAGUUUCCUCUCGUUCUCCGGCCAUUCUGGGGACCUUGUGACGGCCCUUUAUACCCGAAAUAGAGUGCCAAGGACGAUAGAUGACUUCCCCUACACCAUCCUACAGGAAGUCCCCAUCCAGCCUUCGGGGCAGCUGUGUGUGAAUGUGACGAUACCAUUCGAGACCAAGGUCGAUGAGAUGGGGGUCAUAUACUUCGAGGCGAGAGACCCAAACACAGGGAAUGUGGAACAUUAUUGCUCCGACGUCAAGAUGGCUGACAUCGAGGCUCUCCCGGAGGAUCAUCCGGCUAUGUGUGCGGCUAACAACGAGACAAUUAUCCCGAUGCCAGAUGAGUACCUGUAA